AUGGAGCCGGCGACGAUGGCGUGGACGGCGGGGCUGGUGGGCGCCGGCCUGGUCUACUGGUUUGUGUGGGUGAUGGGCGCGGCGGAGGUGAAGGGGAAGCGGGCGGUGGAUCUCAAGAUGGGAUCCAUCACGCGGGACAAGGUGCAGGACAAGUACACGCAGUACUGGUCCUUCUUCCGCCGCCCCAAGGAGACGGCCACCACGCAGGCCUCCGCCGACAAGGUGCCCGCCUUCGUCGACACCUUCUACAACCUCGUCACCGACAUCUACGAGUGGGGCUGGGGCCAGUCCUUCCACUUCUCGCCCUCGCUCCCCGGCCGCUCCCACCGCGACGCCACCCGCGUCCACGAGGAGCGCGUCGCCGACCUGCUGGGGGCCAAGCCGGGCCACCGCGUGCUCGACGUCGGCUGCGGCGUCGGCGGGCCCAUGCGCGCCAUCGCGGCGCACUCCGGCGCCCGCGUCGUCGGCAUCACCAUCAACGAGUACCAGGUGAACCGCGCCCGCGCGCACAACCGCAAGGCCGGGCUGGACGCGCAGUGCGAGGUGGUGUGCGGCAACUUCAUGGCCAUGCCCUUCGACGACGCCUCCUUCGACGGCGCCUACUCCAUCGAGGCCACCUGCCACGCGCCAAGGCUGCAGGACGUGUACGGCGAGGUGUACCGCGUGCUCAUGCCGGGGCGGCUCUACGUGUCCUACGAGUGGGUGACCACGCCGCUGUACCGCGCCGACGACCCGGCGCACGUGGAGGCCAUCCACGGCAUCGAGCGCGGCGACGCGCUCCCGGGGCUGCGCCGGCAGGACGAGAUCGCGUCGAUCGCGCAGGAGGUCGGGUUCGAGGUGGUGCAGGAGCUGGACCUGGCCCUCCCACCCUCGCUGCCAUGGUGGACGCGGCUCAAGAUGGGGCGCCUCGCCUACUGGCGCAACUCGCUGGUGGUGCGCGUGCUCACCCUGCUCCGGAUCGCGCCCAAGGGCGUGGUGGAGGUGCACGAGAUGCUGUACGAGACCGCGCAGCACCUCACCCUCGGCGGCGAGACCGGCAUCUUCUCGCCGAUGCACAUGGUGGUCCUCCGCAAGCCCGUCGCCGACGCCGCCGAAUAG